AUGCAUAUACCCGCCGUACUCUUGCCUGAUAUUCGUUUCGAUUCCAGCCCUUGUUUCUACUCAGAGCUUGCCCACUACGCUACCCAAAAGACUGCUCCCGCGCUGACGCCCCCGCGAAGCGUCAGGAUAGAGCUGGAAGAGACAGCGACUCAAUUUUUGUUUGUGCGGCCCUCAACCUGUACAGUUCCUGGAACUGAAGAGCACAGGCAAAUAUGCCAGAGAAACAAAGUAUACGCCGAGCUGAAGUCCUCUAGACACAGCAUCCCAGGCAGAUUUAAGGUCGCUCACACCCAAACCCUCAACCCUCAGCAGAAACUUCAGGCUGUUGGUACAGGCUCACAAGAACCGAUAUCGCAAGGAGUGGAGGCCUCACCAGCGGCCAUACAUGACGCAUUAGCUGCUAAGCCACGCACUCUAAUGGAUGACUUCAGAGAUACUUGGAGACGCACAGCUGAGGAAUUUACCCAGGAAGGCCUGCUAGCACAUGGCACUCUGCUCUCGGUUGAUUGGAAAGUCUGUGCUCCGCGAGACAGGAUCCUGGCUGCCACUGAAUUUGAUGGCGUCCAGGGGCCCUCCCUCAAAUCUCCACAAGCCUCAGUCUCCCGCAAGCUCGACAACUCCCUUGUUCCCUCACAGGCCUCGCAACGAGUCAGGACGCGCGAUACUGGCAGAAUGACAGGGGGCAUUGUCUUUUCGAGCCAAAAGCAGCCUCCCCAUCAGGAUGGGCACCGGGGCGAACUGCGGCACUUGCUGGCGCCGGCUUUGUUUGUACGACUGGCGCAGACAGCCACUGAAGGGCCGUUGCCCAAAUCCUUGGAUGUGGCGGCGCUACGGGUCGAAAGGGCCCUUUGUCAGAAGCAGUUUCACCGUCAACAAAUGGCAUAUAGAAACUUCAAACCGCAGAGGUUGCUCCAAGACCCCCUUUACGGAGAAACGACUGGCUCUGUUGUAGCUGAGCUCGCAUCGAGUCGUGAGUCAACAGGGCAGAGAACAAAUAAUACACGGCCUUGCCCCUGCUUGCUGCUUACGGCUUACUUUUGCGCUAACUUAAAUGUGGUGGCCAGUUGGGAACUAGAGGACGCAGUUUCACUAGCUCACUUGGCGUCAUCGUGCUUUGUUGCGGCCACUACUUGUCUUGUUCUGCAACCCUUUGCUGCUGUAGCUAUGUCUGGGCUAGGGGAGGUCCUCGUGGAGCCGCAAAUCCUGUCUGACUCCGAUGACGAGGAACCAAGUGAGACCGAUGUGCAGCGAGUAGCUGCCACAUGCAACAAAGCCAUCCGUGCCCUUCUCACAGUUCGCUCCUCGCGGAUUAUUUGUGAUUCUUUACCCUUCAUGGUUUUGUGUAUCAGUGGCUUCCCGGCUAGCUGUAUGUUUAGUCGAAAGCAAUUGAAAGAGCUGAUGGACUUCGACGCUCGCCUGAUAGCUGGGGGCCAUGGCGUGCGCGCCAUAGCAUACCACCCACUUCACAAAGACACACUCUGCGCUGCGUACAGCAGCUCGCCUUGCAACCUCAACUCGGCAAGAUCUGGGGGUUUGCUUGAUGGCGGGGUGUGCGUGUGGGACCUUCGUUGCUCCCCUGAACAGCCCGUCCUCCACAGCGCCACUACGGAGGGGCCCCUGGGCUGUCAGCACUCAGAUACAGUGUGGGACUUGAAGUGGCUCUACAAAGAUGGCAAUGAAGGCCUCUUGACUACUGGAGGGGACGGGCACGUACUCCAGUGGAGUUUGCAGAAAGGCCUUGUGCACUCAUUGGCUCUGACCAUAAGACGAACGCAAAACCCCUGCAACAUGCAGCUCGCGGUAUCCAAGGAGGCACAGCGAAACCGUUUCUUCCACUACGCAGCUGGACUGUCUUUGGAAGUAGACAAAGUUGACAAUAACACAUAUUUCGUCUCAACAGACGAAGGCGUUAUACACAAGUGCUCGUUAGCGUACAAUGAGCAGUUUCUGGACACGUACUACGGCCACAAGGGUCCUGUUACUUCUGUGCGAAUCAGUCCUUUCUCCCCCCACUUCUUGUUGAGCUGUUCCUCGGACUGGACAGUCCGGCUAUGGUCGAUCUCGCGAAACCUUGUGGAAGCGGCUGUAUACAAGUCAACCGAAGAGCCUAGCGCAGUGACGGAUGUUCGUUGGAGCCCCUACGACUCAACUGCGUUCUGUUGUACCUUUGACGAUGGGAGGGUGGAGCUCUGGAACUGCAGGGAGCAGAUAUCUGAUCCUGUAGCCGUUCUUUAUCCUUCUGUUGGAGGCCAACGCAUAGAACGGCGUCUAACGCAACUCAGGUAUGCAACAACAACGACAGUGGUUGUGGUUGGAGACGACCAGGGCUGCCUCACACUUCUUAGCGUGCAGGAGGAAGAAGUACCUGUCUACUCUCAUCAGGAGCAGCAAGAGCGCUUGGAACAGUCUUUCGUCUCGAAAUCGAGUCGGCAGGCUCCCCCACCAAGUUGA